AUGGUAAUUACCAAAAAAAAAACCUGGAAAGCGAAAGACCAGUUGGCGCAGAAAGAAGCGACGGCGGCAAGCAGGACAAGUCGCCCAGGGGGCCAAGUCAUAGAAUAUCAGAAGCGGCUGACCUCAGCGACGGAACGGACGCGUCUGCCGGCCAAGGCACCGCACGGCAUGUAGAUAAGAUAGCUGGUGUUUGUUGAAUGUGCUCCUCCGCAGCCAUUUUCGUUUGGAUGCUCACUUGCAGAGCUGUUCUUUUCCAAUUUCUUUUCAAUUAUUAUUUAGGAAUUUAUGGAGCUUUUUUGUUUUAAUAUGCGAUGGCAUUCAUUUCUGUUUCCAGCAAACAAAAACUCAUAAUUCUCACAUGGUCUAUUUCACUGGUCAACAAUGAUUUUUCAAGCUUGGACAUAUUUUCUUGAGAACAAUUGUCGGAAGCAUGUAGCUCAAUACUUACAAGCUACACGAAGAAGUCUCUGAGCCGUCUCGUAAACAUUUCCAGAAAAAAGUGGAUUAAACUCACUUUUCUUUUUUCCUUUUUGGACUUUUCCAAUAAGCUUUUAGCUUAUUAGCCGUCUAUUCAAUUACUGUCAAGCUGAUUGAGAAAUAUUAAGUUUUGUUACUGAUUUCUGAGUGAUCAGAAAAUAUUCAUCUUAUUUUUGAGCACAAAACCGAGCACAUUUCUUGGUUUAUUAUUAAAUUCAAUUAACUCCAGAGGAUCCUUUCAAAAUAAAACUCAAGGAACAAACCGGAUAGUCGUAAAAUUCAUUUCUCGACCAUCUAUCGACUCAUAAUGCUCCGCAGACUUAUCGAAAUUUCAAUCUUCAAGCUAAAAAAUUCCGACUGCUGCUCUGUUUUCCCGUGAUAAGAAAAUGGGUGAGUUCCGAAUCUAAACUCCAAUGACCGAAGCUCGAAGCUACCGUGAAGCGCAGAAAAGCCAUCAUUUUACCGUCAAUAAUAAUAUCUUGUUCUUCACAAGAAAUCAAUACGAACUAUCAGUAUAACACAGAUGUAUUAUGAGCUUGAGAUUGUACCGAUUUACUUCAUCUCAAUUAUGUUUUUUUUUGAUCUUUGUUUUUCAGCUUUAUAUUUUCUUAUUUAAAAAACUGUCAUAUUUUUUGCAUGAUUUUCUAAAACAAGAAAUGCAACAAAAUAAAAAGUUAGAAACCAAUUUUAUUACGAAAAUUCGUGAUAUCAACGCCAAUGACAUUAACAAGAAAGGCUAAAUGCAAUUAAAUUUGGAGGCAAAACAUUAAAACUCGAAAAGAAAUGGAAUAAAACAUCCAGGCGCUACAUUGUCGAGGGAAUGAAGAAGUUGGAGAUGGCCGCACAAAAGUCUCGUCUAGACGUCUUUUUGGACAGCAAGGCGUUUUGUCCUGAAACCUCGUGCGUCACGGCGUUGAUUGCAAAAGUCUAA